UUGCAAAAGAAUGAGGGAAACGACUGCGGAAGCAGAAGAUGAUCCCAUAGCUUGGAAAUGGGUAAUUCGUAAAAGGGUUUGGGAUUUUAUGGAGGCGCGGAAUAUUGCCCAGAACCCCAGACCCGUUCAUCAUCGGAUCCCAAACUUUGUUGGUGCCUCAGCUGCUGCCAAAAGAUUGAGUGAACUGGAAGUAUUUCUCAAGGCAAGAUGUGUGAAGGAAAACCCGGAUUCGCCUCAGAAGCAAGUCAGGUUUCUCUCUCUUUCUGAUGUACCAUCAAUGAGGCAUGCACGUCUGAAGGGGUUGCAAAGUAUGGAAGGCCAAUUGGAUUGGAUGAAAAGAUCAAGGUAGAUGUAAUUGUCAUUGGUUCAGUUGCUGUAGAUCCCAAAACUGGGGCUCGACUUGGCAAGGGAGAGGGAUUUGCUGAACUUGAAUAUGGCAUGCUGAAGUAUAUGGGGGCCAUUGAUGAUUCAACACCGGUGGUUACCUCAGGUACACAACUCACCUAUUUUUCACUAAAGAAGGAAUUUAUAACAGGAAUCUCUUUCCAUUUAAACUGGUAUGGUUAUACAUUAGUGCUCACCGUUGAACUUGCAACAGGAAGCCAGUAGUCUAUUGCAACUGUUUUAGACCACAACUCAAAUAUAUAU